AUAGAUCUUUCGGGGAAAAGAGAAAAGCAGCGGUGUUUGUCCAUGCGUAUUGCCGGAUUGGGAGGGAAAAAUCGUCACAAUUUGCAGCAAAGAAGAGGCAGUGAUUAAAAAUGGUGGUAAGAUUGCGGUUAUCUCGUUUUGGUUGCAAAAACAAACCCUUUUACAGAGUAAUGGCUGCCGAUAGCAGAUCUCCCAGAGACGGCAAACACUUGGAAGUCCUUGGUUACUACAAUCCUCUCCCUGGUCAAGAUGGCGGCAAACGGAUGGGUCUUAAUUUUGACAGGUUAAAAUAUUGGUUAUCCGUUGGUGCACAGCCGUCAGAACCAGUUCAACGUCUUCUUUUCCGAGCAGGCGUAUUACCUCCUCCACCUAUGUUGGCUAUGGGACAAAAAGGCGGUCCACGAGACACUCGACCAGUUGAUCCUAUGACUGGACGCAUCAUGACACCUGAAAGUGCCAAAAGUGUCAAUCCAGAAGUUGGUUCUUAAGUUGACGAAGACAAAAAUUAGAAUCUGACUAGUUGUAUUUUAUACAACUUCUACGCUUGCCCGAUAAUGUCCAAUCGAAGCUUUCUUGGUUAUAUCCUUUCAAUAAUUGAACUUGCUCUGAUACUGUUUUAUCUGUCAUUGUGCUGUGCAAAAGUCAUUCGCUGCUUAGUUCCUCAGUAUACUCUUAUCAGCACCUCUGUUGCAGUAACUAUUACUAACAGUUUCUAGAUUCAA